AUGGGCAGCCCAAGAAACUCAAGUUGUCGACAGAUCGCAGCUCUGCAGUCGGCGACCCAGUCCGAAGAGCUGCUGAGUCUCCAGGAGGAGAACUCUCAGUUGAAGGCCGAGGUGGAGCGAUGGACUAAGGCACUCGUCCAAGCAGAAGAAAAGAAUGGAGUAAAACAGGUGCCUCUCCCCGGCCGGAGUGCCGCUCCUGCUGCGUCUGUGACCGCCGCAGCUGCCCCGGCGGCAGCCCCUGCAACAAAGGCGCCCGCCGACACCAAACCCGCCAAAGAGGCCAAGACCGACAAGAAGAAGGCGGACAAGAAGGACGAGAAGAAGCCCAAAGCUGACGCGAAGGCGGCGAGUGGCGCGGGCGACGCCGACUCGGUGGAUAUCGGCCUGCUGGACCUGCGCGUGGGCCGCAUAGUGACCGCCGAGAAGCACCCGGACGCCGACAGUCUGUACGUGGAACAGGUGGACGUCGGCGAGACGGCGCCGCGCACCGUCGUCUCCGGCCUGGUGCGCUUCGUACCCGUGGAGCAGAUGCAGGACCGCAUGGCCGUGCUGCUCUGUAACCUCAAACCGGCCAAGAUGCGGGGAGUCACCUCUCAGGCGAUGGUGAUGUGCGCCAGCACCCCGGACAAGGUGGAGAUCCUGUCGCCGCCGGCCGGUGCGCAGCCCGGCGACCUGGUCACCUGCGAGGGCUUCGUGCGCCGCGCCGACGCACAGUUGAACCCCAAGAAGAAGAUCUUCGAGCAGGUGGCGCCCGACCUGAAGACGGACGCGGAGAAGCGCGCCACUUAUCGCGGGGUGGUCUGGGAGGUGGCGGGGAAGGGUGUCGUCACUGCCCAGACGCUCACCAACGUCAUUAUCAAAUAGAUAAUUUGUUGUGGAAUCGGGAAGUGCUGCUUUCUAUCGACUAUUUGGAUCCAUUGUGAGCUUUUGUUUUUUGUUACCAAUCUGAUGACACACUUGAACAGGUGGACAAUAAAAAGUAUGCACUACAUAUGCAUAGGA